AUGAAGUCAACAUUACGAAUUGGGGAUUUUGGAGUUUUGUUGGCUACCUGCCUGCUGACGUUUACAGUUCUGGAAACUGUUCAGGCUCAACAAAGCUGCAGAAACCCAAACCAGAACAGGGGCACGUGUAUAUCUAUUUAUGAUUGCCCUAGUUUGUUCUCCGUGGUCCAGCAAAGCCUCCUGUCUUCCGAUGAUCGCAAUUUCCUUGUUAGUUCCAAAUGCAUCAAUGGAGUUGGUCGUCAACCGCAUGUAUGCUGUACAAAUGACAAGGUAUUCGGUAGUCGGUAUACUCGCAAUAGCGGUCCGCAUGGUCCGCAAGGUCAGGGAAACCUGCUGCCAUCGCCACCCAAUUGUGGACCAAAUUCUUUUAUGAAUAAGAUUUACAAUGGCAAUGAUACAGCUAUCGAUGAGUUCGUCUGGAUGGCUCUUCUGGAAUAUGUAAAUCGUACUGGAAGUCGGGAAUUUAGCUGUGGCGGCAGCUUAAUCAACAAUCGCUAUGUUUUGACUGCUGCCCAUUGUGUGAUUGGUGAAAUUGUAGAGGAAGUGGGAAAUCUCACCACAGUUCGCUUGGGUGAGUACGAUACAAGCAAGGACUUGGAUUGCAUUGAUAACAAUUGCAACCAGCCAAUAAUUGAUAGGAGUAUUGAGGUGGCCAUUGUGCAUCCCGAGUAUGAUCCGCUCAGUAAGGAUCGCACCCACGACAUAGCUCUAUUGCGCCUUGAUCAUCCUGUCGUACUAAAUGAAUAUAUCCAGCCAGUGUGUCUCCCUUUGGUCAGCACCCGACAGGCCAUCAACACGGGAGAACUGUUGGUGGUCAGCGGAUGGGGACGUAUAACCACAGCCCGAAGGAGCACCAUCAAGCAAAAACUAAACGUGCCUGUAUUCGAUCAUGCCACCUGCCAGAAAAAGUUUGCCACAAAGAAAAUCAAACUGAUUGAAUCGCAGCUGUGCGCGGGCGGAGAAUACUACAAGGACAGCUGCGACGGAGACUCCGGCGGACCGCUAAUGCGAGAAGGCUUCAACAAUGCCUGGUACCAGGAGGGCGUGGUUUCGAUCGGACAUGCUUGCGGUCUGGAGGGAUGGCCAGCUGUUUACACCCGAGUCUCUGACUAUGUAGACUGGAUCCAGGAGACCAUUCGACCCUGAGGGAUACUACGCCGGCUACUGCGAAUCCAAUUGCCUCUUUUGUUCGAAUGAAGUUUUAAUUAAAGCCCAGUCGAAAGUGUUUUCCAGGACAGGAAA